UUUGGCCUCGGGGGUUUGGUUGGAGGAGAGUGGCAGGACUGAGGCUGGAGCCGGACCGGGGCAUGCCUGGAAAGAAAGAAUCUGAGUCUUGAACACUGUAAUUCCUUUCUACAGUUUGCUAUAGGAAAAAGACCACAGAGCAAUUUCCCAGCAUGAAAACGGAAUGGCAAGAUAUCCCGAUAGGGGAGGGACCAGCAGGGAGGGAAAUGGCUCCUCACGACCUCCAGGCUGGGAGUAUCGGAGGAUUCCUUCGAAGGAGACCAGGAGCUCCAGGGCAUCAUCCAGCAGCAGAGGGCUCCCUUUCCCUGGCACAGUGGGAAGCCCAGUGGCAGGAGUUCCUCAGGACACUGGAAAGCCCUCACUCAGGAUGGGGAAGCCCCCACUUGCCAGCAAAACCUACUCCCUGGGAUGAUGCCAAGGCCUUUCUGGCCUCCUUUGAGCAAGUGGCUGAAGCCUGUCAGUGGCCCCAGGAAGAGUGGGUGACACGACUCCUGCCAGCCAUCAGUGGAGAAGCCGAGCAGGCCUUUAGCACACUGGAUUUCCCAGACAGGGAGGAUUAUGGGAAGGUGAAGGCGGCCAUCUUGCGAGGGGAUGCCAUGAGCCGGGAGAAGCAGCGUCAGCAAUUCAGACGUUUCUGCUACCAGGAGGCCGAAGGGCCACGGGGGGCUUACAGCCAACUCCAGGAAAUGUGUCGUGGGUGGCUAAGAGUGGAGAAGCACAGCAAGGAGCAGAUCCUGGAGCUCUUGAUCCUGGAGCAGCUGCUGACUGUCCUGCCCCCAGAGAUCCGGAGCUGGGUGAGCGAAGGCGGCCCUGAGAGCUGCUCCCAGGCAGUGGCCCUGGCUGAAGAGUUCCUCUUAAGGCAGGAGACGCAGGUGCCCUUGGAGGAGGCAUCUGGGAGGGUCUCUGAGGGAGGCCAGGAUCCAUCUGGGACUGAGCAGAGGCAGCUCACGAUGUGCCUCAAGGAAGAGGAGGAUGGAGAAGCCAGCCCACUAGCAGGAGAUGUAGAGGAGACGGUUGAGGAAUUUCAGGGAUUCUCAUUGAAUAAGGGCAAGCACGAAGAGUCUAAAGGAAACUUCAGGAUUCAGACUUGGCCACCAAGGCAGGAGGAAAGCCAUGCAGAGAAGAUGAGGGAUAAGCCCAUUCCUUGCCAAGGAGAGGCAUUCCAUGAAAUCCCAGUCCAAGCAGAAGGAUCUCCCCAAAAAAGAAGGAAUGAAGGACAUGAAAAUGAAACAGGGCAUGAUCAGGAGAAUGAGGAUGAUGAGGAAUGGCUUCAGUCUUCUCCAGAUAAAGCAAAGGAGGAAGAGCUGGAAGGAAGCUUCAGGAAUCGAGGUGGACCCAAGAGGCCAGAGGGAAGCCACACAGUGGAGAAGAGGAAUAAACACAUUCCUUGCCAAAGAGAUUAUUCCUGUGAAGAAUUUCACGUAUUGGAGGAAACAUAUAAGGGCUUGAAAUGUGGAAUGAACUUCCCAGAUCAAACACGAUAUAAUAUUCAUUUGCAAAAGCACAAUGGAAAGAAGACCCAUAAAUGCUUGGAUUGUGGAAAGAGCUUCAGGUAUAAAUCAAAGCUCCUCGGUCACCAAAAAAUUCACACAGGAGAAAAACCAUUUGAAUGCUCUGAGUGUGGAAAGAGCUUCAGCUGGAAUAGUGAUCUUAAGCGGCAUCAAAGAAUCCACACAGAGAAACCUUUUGAGUGCUCAGAGUGUGGAAAGAAGUACAUCUGUAGUAGAGAUCUUCAGCGGCAUAAAAGAACCCACACAGGGGAGAAACCUUAUGAGUGCUUAGAGUGUGGAAAGAAAUACAACUAUAGUAGAGAUCUUCAGAGGCAUAAAAGAAUCCACACAGGGGAGAAACCUUUUGAGUGCUCAGAUUGUGGAAAGAAAUUCAACUGCAGUGCAAAUCGUCGGAGACAUCAGAGAAUCCACACAGGGGCGAAACCUUUUGAAUGCUCAGAGUGUGGAAAGAAAUUCGCUCGCAAAGUCCACGUUCGUCAACAUCAGAGAAUCCAUAUGAGGAGAAACCACGUCACUGGCCAGUGCCAAGAGCUCAGCUAAUAUUUCACAUCUUAAAAUCAACCACAGAAUCCAAACAACACUGGAACCAUUUAAACACUUAGAGAGAGCUGGCAUCUCUAAAGAAACUUUGCCAUAACUGAAGUCCAUCAGCCCCACUGCUCAGCAGGCACUGGUCCACCUUGCCUUCUGAGGCGUCUAGGCCCCAGCUGCUGUCCUAGUCUCUGCCGGCCACAUGCCACCCAUCAGUUUCCUACCAACCCUUAGAUGGGUUUUCACUCCCUCUUGCUGGUACCUGCCAUGUCCCUUUGGCCUUGAGAGGUGGAAAGGACUACAACUUUCAUUGUUGGGAAGGAUCGCAACUAUCAAAAUGAAUAUAUUGCCACGUAUAAUAUUUCUAUAUCAAACUAUCCCCAUCUGUAUUAACAAAUUAUUUUUUGAAGAACUAAAUAAAACUACAUCUAAAUUUAUUUGGCAAGGGAAAAAACAAUUUAACUGAAAAUAUUGCCAGGCUUGAAAGAGAAUGCGGGCUUUGCUUUACCUUAUCAUAAAGCGUGCUGCCUAGUCUGGAUGAGGGAGUGGCUCCUUCUGGGAAAUCAAAGACUUUUAGCCCUUGAAGGUCAUGAUUUACAGUUAGGAUGGCAUGCAUUUAUAUGGUACGGAAAAACAACUGGACAUAAAUGUUUCAAAAAUCACUUGAUAAGAAAAUCUCUCAUAACAACAUGGGAAGGAACUGUACCACUAAUAUAUUCCAAGAUCCCACAAUGGGUUUCCCCAUUAGAAGCGUUUACUCAGCCAAAUGUAUUUUCUACAGAUAAUAUUAUUAGAUAUAAAGAACUCUUGAUUGAUAAUGGAGCGUUAAAAACAAAAGAGGAAUUACAGAGACAAGGUAUUAAUUUAGACUGGUGGUCAAGAGCUCAGAUUGAAUCUAGAUAUAAUAAAGAUUUUAAAAAGUGGGAAGUUUUUACUUAGAACAAAAGGAUUUUGAAAAAUUGCUAUUGAUUCAGAUGAAAAAUUGAUUAAGAAAAUGUAUCUGUUCUUAAUGCAAAUGAAGACGAAUGUGGGGGUGGAAAACUUUAUGGUCACAGAAUCUAGAAUAUAGUAUUGAUCCAAUACAAUGGAAUAAGGUAUAGAAAGUGAAUGUUACAAUAACUAAGUCUGUUGCAUUUAAAGAGAAUUUAUAUAAGAUGUUUUGUAGAUGGUAUCUAACACCGGAUAGGCUUGCUAAAGUGUACAAAAACAUGUCAAACAAUUGCUGGAAAUGUGGGAAACACACAGGGACAUUUUAUCAUAUGUGGUGGACUUGUAAAGAGGUGCGUAGAUUUUGGACAAUGGUACACAUAUUACUACAAACUAUUUUACAGGUCUCAAUUCCUUUCAAACCAGAGACAUUUUUGUUAAACUGUAUGCCAGAUAUACUGAACAAAGAGCAGAAAUACUUCACACUUUAUGUAGUGUUUUAUUGGAAACGUCAAAUAAUACCUCCACAAGAGGAAUUAAUAACAAAGAUAAUGGAAAUCGUGGAAAUGGACAAAUUAACUAUACUAAUGAAAGGACAAAUGGAAGAAGAUUUUUCUGUCCCAUGGUCCCCCUUCUACAACUGGAUUAAAAACAAAUAUAAAGACUAGAAUGUAGUAAACAUAUAAAGGCACUACUGUAACUUGUCACCAGUAACCACAGAUGAAUAUUUGGUAGGAUGAAAUAUGAUCCAUAAAUAACUAGAAUGUUGAUAUAAGCAGAUUCAAUGUCUUUUUUGUCUUUCCCCCCUCUUCUUCCUUCUUACCUUU